CCUCAUAUGUUUAGCUAAUUGUGUUGAGCUCAAUCUAUUAGGUAUGGAUAAUGCAAGGCAAUCAAAAGGUAAAGGGCAGAAAUUAAAAUGGACAUCCGUGAUGGAAACUACCAUGUUAGAAUUGCUUGUUGAGCAAGUUCUCUUAUGUAAGAAGCCAGAAGGGAUUUCAAGAACAUGCAAUGGCUUAACAGAGAGAAAACUUUUUUACCAAACUUGGAACGCCCCUAAAAAGGGAUGCUUUCAAAAACAAAUUGAGAACAAUGAAAGCACACUACAAGACAGUAUGUGAUUUAAAGAAUGAAAGCAGUAUGGGAUGGAACGAGGCAAAGCAACUGUUUGAUGCUGAUAGUGCAGUUUGGAAUGAUAUGUGUAAGGGCUGAUGGGGAUGAGGCCAAGACAGCGGCCAUGCUAGAAGCAGAUAAUGAGGAAGCCAAUGAAGAGGGUCAGGGUGACACAGGGACUGUGGAUUUGGACGUUGAUGUCGAAGAUGAUGUGGAAGUAUUGGAGACACCUAUACAGUUAAGAACAACCAGAAUGAAUACUACAACCGCGGCUAGACCAUCAUCUUGUAGACCGUCAAAGAAGAAAAAGAUAAAUUUUUUUUUAAACCGUUGGCUCAGUUGCAGAGGCUUUAGCAUCAAUUGGGGGAGCAAUUCAGUUGGCGAGGGAUCCAACAAAUCCUCAUAUGCAGGCUAUAUUAGAUGCUCUUUCUCAGAUUGAAGGCCUCGAUCAAAAGCUCUUUCUACGAGCAUAUAAGGAGCUCACAUGCACCAUCAAUGAUAGUGUGUGCUUCUUGAAAUU